GCUCGGAAUCAAAAUAUCCGCAACGAAAAAUGAUCUGUGUGUAUGGAACGCCUAUCAUCUACAGUAUUCACCAUUCUUUAUUGGGUGGAAAAGUUGCGAAAACUCGAAAAAAGGCGAUAGAGAGGAGAUAACAUGGCUUCACUCUUGCAUCAUCAUCUUCUUCGAUAUGGUCAGCUAUUCCAGUUAUAUCACAUGAGAACCAUACAGAGAAUGAUGUCAUCCAUUACUACAAAGAGAAGGAAAAAUCUAAGUGAGAAAAAACUGUCAAAGCAUUUUGUUGAUUGGCGAAGGGUUAGAGUAGUUGGAGGUAAAGGAGGAGAUGGAUGUGUGUCGGUACGCAGAGAAGCUCAUGUAGAGUUUGGAGGCCCUGAUGGUGGAGAUGGUGGCCAUGGAGGACAUGUUAUUCUUGAAAGCAAUCAAAGCAUUAAGUCACUAGAGCGUGUCCUUCCACUGUAUCGAGGAGAAGCGGGGGGAAAUGGAAGGAAUCAAAAUCGUCAUGGACGCAAUGGCAAGCACACUGUUAUCAAGGUUCCUCUGGGUACUCUAGUCAAGGAAAAUGAUGUUAUCAUCAAGGACUUGGAAAAUGAACAUGACACUUACAUGCUAGCUGCAGGUGGUGAGGGAGGGCGUGGCAAUCGCUCUUUUGUAACGGCCCAGCACAAGACCCCAAUGAUGGCUACCUGUGGGACACUGGGAGAGGAACGACUCCUAAACCUGGAGCUUAGAACCAUGGCUCAUGUUGGUCUGGUAAGUUAA